GUAAAUGUGACGUCUCGCGAAUGCUCGUUUGGAGAUGACGCAGAGGCUGCCUCCGCCGCCGCCUUGGCGGCCGGAUGGCAUCCCAGGCAUCCCGCCAGGGGUGCUUCCACCAUACGAGAAGAUGAAGGCAUGCCGAAAUCACUCCCAUGACAAAGACCAGCAAGGUGGGCACGCACACACGGGGUGGGGUGGGUGCAGUGAAGUGCAUGGAGUGUCCACUCCGUCUGUGUCAGCGUCUGCUCGCCCUCUGCCGGUUCCGAUGGCUGCGUACGGACCCCCUCCAGGCCUAGUUGCUCCAGGUGAGAAGAAUGGAUGGAUGGACAGCGAGAUCUGUCUGCCACAUGGCGUUGAUAUGGGCUGCAGGCAUGCAACCUACGUUGCCGUUUGUGUGGUCGACGUACGGCGUAGCUCCUCAUGCGCAUCAUGGGCCCGUUGCAUCCGCGAUAGCUGGUCAGACGGCGCCCCAUGUGGCUGUUGGCGGCCAGGGUGACGCUCUCACUGGCCCUUCUCCGCGGCCCGUGCUGGCAAGAUCGCACUCGGUGCGUACGCCAAGGGAUGGAGAGCUUGGCUGAACGGGUGGUUGCUUCUGUGUGUGUGUGUGUGUUGGGGGCAUGCAGGGCGCUGGUGGUGGCGGCUUGAAGCAGCUGGUGGACGCUGCAACACUUACAGACCCUAUCCACCCUUACGCACAGGUAAGUACACCCACACGCCACACAACGCAUCAGACACAUGGAUGGCAUGUCGCUUGUGUGUGUGAGAUGGCAUCAGAUGGCCAUGGCUCCGCAUGAUGCCCAGUGGGUCGGCAUCAAAACCGAGAAGGGGCAGGUGGUCGACCAGCCGCCCGCUGCAGCUGCAGCAGCAGGAGCGAGCGAUGUCAAAAUCGAGGUCAAGGUCAAAAUCGAGGAGGAGGACGUAAGCACCCACGCACAUAGACGACCAUUCUGGACACACACGUCCGCUCAUGUCUGUUUCUUGAUGCAGGGAUAUGCAUAUGGUCAGGAGGGAGAAGAGGAGGAAGACGAAGAAGUAGUGGGAGAGGACGGAGAGGGAGAAGCAGGGGAGGGAAACGGGGAGAUACAGGGGUAUGGUGGUGGUGCGGGUAGCGUUGACGAUGAUUCAGUUGAAGAAUUUGGUGUUGAAGACUUGGCACAGGUCCGUCCCUCCAAUACGCAUAUAUACGUAUUUGCUGUGUCUCAUCACGUUGGCGCCAAGUCCGCUGUGUAUUCAUUAAUAUAUUGUGUGUGUGCAGGAGGGUGCUGAUGAUGGUCACGUCGAGGGUGGCACAGACCCGGUCAAGCUCGGCAGAGACCCCCAGCUACACUUGCACUACAUCGACGCCCAGGGGCACAAAGCCAAGCCACGGCGUGAGUGAGACUCUCAUUGGCUGCACUCACUACAUGUCGACCUAUCCAUCCAUUCAUUCGUGGGCUCUCCUCUCCUCUCCUCUCCUUCUUUCAGGGUCGAACAAUCCCCCGCCCGGCCGAGUGCACGAGCGUCUGUUUCGACUGCUGUCGUACUACAUGAACGGCAGACACCCAGAGGUCGGCCCACAUCCAACACAUCACAUCACAUCACAUGUGUGUGUGUGUGUGUGGAUGCAUGUGUGAAUGCAGUAUUGGGUCCAUAGGUUGGGUGACGGUCAGGAUCGUCUCUUUCCAUUCAAGUGUCGUGGCGACUCGAAGCUGCAGGUGCCCAGCCCGCCCUCCCCCGGGACGGUCUGGCUCCAUGUCGAUGACACCAUGUGAGGGAGUCAGUGAGUCAGUGGCGGCAUGCGCGUAUACGUAUGUUGUCCAUGUCUCUCUCUCCCUCUCUGUGUAUGUGUAGGUGGCGGCACGGCAGACCACAGGCGGUGUGGGGUGGCCAACAGGGCAGCCCAGACAUCCAUGUAGACGUGACGGCGUUCUUCGGGAAGCUGUUCUUCGGCAGCACGGAGAGCGCGGUAUCCAACAACGACACAGACACCCACAGACAGAGACACACCAUCCGUCCGUCCGUCCGUCCCCUUUAUUGUUUGGCUGUCCGUAUGUGCGCACACAGGUGUUUUCGUUCCCCUUUGGCCAUUCCGAAAGUGUGAGCGAGGUGACCACGAAUCACCUCAACCACCACCUCGACCGCAUCAAGGCCGGCCUCGAGCAGCUCAGCACUCAAAUCCUCACGCCGUGUUUCAUGUGAGCACACCGUCAAUGCGCACGCACAUACACACACAUGUAAUGUCACCCCUGUGCGUGUUGCGUGUGUGCACAGGUGGUUCGUAGCAGAGCCUGACGUCGCGCAAGAACUCCCCGACGCGGAGAAGCCGCAUCGCCUGCUGGCGAACAUCCACCACUCGGCAUCCAGCUCAUCUUCAGCAUCGGCGUCUGCGGCAGAACUACCGCCGGCGUCGAGUGUCGCUCACAUAGUAUGUGCGCACCUCUACACAAUUGAUUGACAUGAAUGGAUGGAUGGAUGGAUGGAUGGGUGCACAGAACAGACGUAUGUGGGUAUGAAUGAAUGCAGGUGAGCGUGUUUGAGACCUUCUUCGCCACUGAGGUGCUGCAGCAGCAGCCGCCCCCGUCCGAGUCCCAGGACGGCAGGAAGCUCGACAGGAAGCUGCUCACGGGCCUGCAUCAGACGCGCAAGAGGAACAAAGCGACCGCUCUGAGGAGGAAGCGCCAGAAGCAGCAGGCAGGGGGAGGGGGAGGGGGCGGCCACCACGGACAGCGCCAAGUGAGGGCACGCACAGACGGACGGACGGCUACCGAAUGGAUAGAAGAGAGGGAGGGAGGCGGGACAGAAUUUGAAUAAAUGCAUAUAUGGGCGAGAUAGGAGGGGGAAUUGAGGAGAGGGAGGGAGGGAGAGACACACAUCAAUCACAUGUUCGUAUAUUAAUAGGUGGUGGAUGCAUGGAUGGAUGGAUGGACCCUGAUUGAUGCAUGUGAACGUGUGUGUGCGUGAAUGAAUCGGUUGAGCGCCUGUCGUUGGUUGUUCAAGAAUUUCAAGAAUACGUACGGAGAAUGAGUGGAUCUACAUGUACACACGCACACGUGUGAAAGAAAGCCUUUCUGUGUGGAUGCAUGGAUAUGUGUGUGAUGUGUGCGUGGCUGUAUGGAUCCACCAAUACUCUCAAAUGGUG